CGAUUCGAUAAUCGCUGAGAGACACUUACUCGUUACGUUGUUCCGGUUAAAUACGUCAACGAUCGUUUAUUUUUAGAUAGCCACAAGUGUUUACAGAAAAAAAGGUUUUCCGCCAAAUAAAAGCGAACAGAAAAAAAGAGAAAUCAUACAAUUUGUUUAUUCGCUUUGUUGUCAACAGUCGAUCGGAACAGAUAAAUUUGCGAUUCUGAAAUAAACGCACAUCGUUGUUGUUGUUGCUGCUGCAGUGUUCACAAUGAGUAGUCGUGCAACGAAAAUCGAUAAGCCGCCAAUGUUGCCGCCGAAGAAAAUUGCACCAGAUCCCGAUUAUGAAAUCAUCGAAUUUUCUAAUGAACAAUACUCAAAUGCACAACCCAUCAAAGCUACGAAUAGCAAAUCUCUGGACGGUAUCAAAUGUGAUCUGUGUGGGUCGAUGUCUGCCAAAGUAAAAUGUGAUCAAUGCAAUCAGCAACUGUUCUGCUCAUCGUGUGACGACAUGUUUCAUCGUCAUCCAAAACGAAACACACACAUACGAAAGGCAAUCGUUAUUCAACCGGAGAUAAAGCCACCGUUGCCACCGAAAGGUGAUUAUUUGCUUCCAGUGCCGCCACCACGACGGAAGAAAACCGGAAUGACGCCAUCAUUGCCAAGGAAGGAUUAUACGUUGCCACAGCGACCAGUUGCGCCGCCAAGCCCGGCUUUAUCAUUACGAGAGCGAGUGUCAAGCAUUAAACGGUUGAUUGUUCCCGGUAGUAAAUCACCAGAUUCACCUAAUAAAAAAGAAGUACAACAAUUCAAUAACUCACGGCCGGGAACGCCGAACUCUGACUCUUCAUCUAAAUUGCCAUCUCUUGCAAUGGAACGCAUCAAAAUUCACACCAGCAACGCGCGCGAUCGAAUGGAAAUCAUGCAAAAGCGGUACCACGAGUAUCAAGAUUCACUGAACACAUCGGGCGGAAACAGCGAAUCAAAUCGAGCAUCAAUGAAUGCAUCUCCUUUCGAACGAAUUAACAAUGACAAUCGAAAUUCAGCGAAUCGAUCUAAUUCAUUUGGCCCACGAAUUAGAUCCGGCAGUUUUUCCAAUUUUCCGCGCCAUUUUAAGAAUGGCAACGCUCAAAUUAAUCAAAAUUUCAACGAUUUCGAUGAUAUUACAACACAGGAUGAAGGCACACUAUCCGAUUCACAAUCGCGAGCAUUCAGCUCAUCCGUGCAAGACUUAAACAAUGGCCGCACUAAUGCUAAUUGGCAAAUGCCACCGCAACAAUUUGGUCCGCCACCGCAAUUCAUGGGCUAUGCGCCCAAUCAACCAUUUCCGUAUCAUAAUCACAUUCAGCAAGGGCCGUGCAUGAAUUGUAGUCAGCAGCAAUUGUGGAACCCGCAUGGAGCCGAGCCACAAUGGAAUGCAAAACAUUUGAAUGGAUCAAAUAUGAGCUUGAAUUUACCAUUUUAUCCACAACAGUUUGAUAUGAACGGUACAACAUGGAUGAAUAAUGGAAGCUAUCGAAAACCAGACGGUUAUCCGUAUAACUUUGGAAUGAUACCGAAUGCGUAUCCAUUCCCCAUCUCAAGGCCACAUUCGCGUGUACCAUCUCGUGCUGCAUCUCCGGCGUUGAGCCAAAAAUCGCGCAAAUCUUCAGUUUCUGCUAGAAAUCUACCGUAUCGCCAUAGCUACAUGGAACAGCAUCCAACCGAUGACGAGAGUUCCGAGAGUAUGACCAGUUACAUAGAUGAUUUGGAUAUGCGACGCAAGGGUGGUGAUAGACGUGAUAGUGCCGGCAGAUCGAUUCGUUCGUCUCGACAAAGUUUGAAGAGUUCUCCACAGCGCAGUUUUGAUGAGGAUAGUGAAACAUUUGCACGUCGCACAUACAGGCAAAGUGCACGUGAACGACGAGCUAGUUCAUCGGCACGGUCGAUUUCAUCAAGAUCUGAACGACGACCAUCUCAACGCGUUCGAUCCGAUUCGACACAGGAUUCGGAAACGGAAAUGGGUACUCGAGCUCUUGUUCAAGCGAAAAUUCUUGAGAAAGUUGCACAAGCGUCGUCGAUGGAUGAAAGUUCGAGUGAGCUCUGGAAGCCGAAGCCAACAAUAAAAGCAAAAAUUGAGAAGAUUGCAUCGAUCCCAACUACACCAUCUGCGCCAGUUGUACCAGUUGUACCAGUUGCAUCACCCACGUCCAAAACAGUUCCAGUAAAAACCACAAAAACCGUUUCAAAGCCAGUUGAUCGUAGAAAGAGCGUGGAAAAGGUUACUAAGCCAAAAGUUUCAACUGAACAAACUAACAAAACGGUUACAAAAGUUGUAAAGCCAGUGGCCAAGACGAAAGCCGAACCUGAACCUCUCAAAACUGAACCAGAGCCGAGUGAAGCCGAUUUGAAUAGUGUUCCAGACAUCGCUCCCGAAGGUAAACCAAAAACACCCGACUAUGAUUGGACUUGCGAAUACUGCACAUUUGUCAACGAACCGAAUGUAAAAAUCUGCGCCGUUUGCUGUAAAACCCCAUCGGCGACGGCCAUUCGAAAGCAAGCCAGCCCGGAGAAAGAGAAAAAACCACCGAUGAAUGGCCGAAUUAACGAUUCGAUGGAGAAAGAAGGCUUCUGGAUGGCUUCGACAUCGGACGAUGAUAUUUCUGAGCUUCGAAGUUAUGAAAGCAAUGGAAGCGAAGAAAUUGAAGAAGAAGAAGAGGAUGAUGUUGAUGGUGAUGAAGAGGGAGUGGAAGAAGAAGAAGAAUUAGUUGAAGAAUCGGAUUUGGAAUCGGAAGUUGAAGAAAGCGAUAAUGAUUUAGAAGUUAUGAAAAUUUUAGGACAGACUCAGCAACACAUUCAAAAUGAGCCACAACCAAUUCCAAUUGCAAAUCACACCGUUGCGAGUGGGUCCGAGAAAAAGGCUAAUGAAACGAUACCAUCAAAAAAUGAUGGCGUUAUCAAGAAAAACGUUGACGAUGAAACACUUUCACAAAACACUGCAAACAAUACGAAUACACACAAAGACACACAUGAGCAUAUUAGCGAACGGAUUGUCGUACAGGAGGCCCCGGCAUCUGACCAGCCACCGUCAAUGCAUUCCACUCAAGGUCCAACAGAAGAAUCUCUCCCAACCCAUACAGACAACCAAAAUCAAAACCAAAGUUCAACAUUAGACAACAAUAUAUUGGCUUACAUUGACCAGAGCUUAAAGACGCUUAUCGGAUCAAAUACCAACAACAACAAUAAUAACCAUCUCAACCAUUUAAUUCCGACAACUCCGUUUUUACCAACGGGACCUCAUCUAAAUGCAAUACAAUUGCAAACCAUUGCUUCGAAUAUUCAGAACCGUCGAUCAAUGAAUGAUUUGGAUUUAUACAAAGUUUUAUUGGGCGCAAACAACUAUACAUUCGAUGAAAUUCAAGUUGCUUUGGCAAACUGUCCAGAUGGUGAUCCAUUGGCAUGGCUAAAUGAAAAUUGGACUAAGUUAAUUGAAACGGUGCAAACGCUCGCAACAAAGUAUGGCCAAGAGCACAAAGAGAAUAUCGUUGGUACAAUAUCAUCGGCUGGAGCACGUGAAGUGUUGAUCAAGAAUAAAGGAAGCGUAUGGCAUGCAGUCACUCAGUGUAUUGAACAACGGCAACAGGCAUACAACACUAUUAAAGGGCAGGGCAAUUAUUCUCGUGAAGACAUUGUUUCCACUUUGACUGCCCACAACGGCAAUGUUGAGAUGGCAAUGGCUGAACUCAAUCGGUUACAAAUGAAGCCAUUUUUACUAAAAAUUCAAAGCUCCCCAGCUGCACCUGAAAUUGAGCCUCCGAUUCAGAACGAACAGCCUUCUACUUCUACCAGUGUUCAACAAGACAAUCAAACACAAGAAACUGAAACUUCAUCUAAGGAGAAUGACUCUCAAGUGAAUGACGAUAAGCGUGAUAUUCUGCGAGACAUUGAAGCUAUCAUUGGCAGCAUGGAAGAAAAGCAGUCGAAACAAACCGAAACUCUAUUGAGCACAAUUGAAAAUUUAGUCGGUAAUAUUAUUAUGUCGCACACCAGUCGAUCAAUGUCCAGUGCUUCGAGCUUCUCUGGGUUAGAUCAUAGUGAUAAUUUGGAUCGUAUUCAUGUUAAGAGUCCAAUUAUUAUACCAUCAAAGGCUGGAAAUGAAUUUGAUGAGAAUACAGAUGUUGAAACAGAUGUGAAAAAUUUCGUUUCAAGGCAUAUUCAAGAUGUGGUACCAGAUGUGGCUGCAUUGAUAAGCAAAGAACUCGUUGAAACACCCGAACAAAAUGGCCAAAACGGGAGGGAAGAACUCCCGUUGCAAGAAGAAACAGGAAUUAUAAACGGGAUUCAGGAAGAUUUGGCUUCGAAUGUUGUGAGUGCAGGGCCUUUGCAAUCGAUUGAAAUAAUGGCAGAGAGUCAGGCUGAACCAGUAGUAGCCGUUAGUCAAUCGACGGCAGUUGCCGAUCAAACAAUGACAGUACCAAUGGCCACAAAUGCGCCUACGGCUGCUACACUUGAACCAAAGGUGGCCAUAAAUGAAAGCAACGGAAAUAAUAACGAAAUAAUCGAAAAUGAAUUGUCACAAACUUCGAAUAAUAUUACUGGUUUAGCGGAAAAUCAGAGUGGAAAAGUUCAAAGUGUUGAAAAUGAAAAUAUCCCCAUUCAAAAUGGCCAUGCUCAUCCUUUAGAGGUAGCAUCAUCUUCGCAAGUUGAAGUCGCACAACAAUCUCGAACAAAUAAACCGCGAUUUGUUGUGACCAAGUCAAGUGCUCGAUUUACGCAGAAACAAAUUGACAAACGGAGAAUUCGUGAGCUUGAAAAGCUAUUGAAGCGGCAACAAAGAGCACAAAGAAGCCAUUCAUUCUAUACUGAUCGAUCGGACUCACAAAACACGGACUAUUUAUCCGAUUCAACGGUUGUUGCCGAUGACAUAGAAGAUAUCGAAAACGUUAUCAUGAUUCCAUCCGUUUCAAAUGAGAAAACAUUCUCUUUGUCAAUCGUCGAACAAGCUGCACUUGUCGACGACAACAAGGAGCACAAUCAAACAGUCGCCAGAAGUCCAGAUUUAAUGAAUCAACCAUCUUCGAGCAAUACUCAGUCUCAACCAGAUGAAUCAACACCUAAAAUAGAUUCUAUUGAAAACGAUCGCAUUGAAAUGGUGAAAGAUGUGAAAAAUCGCAAUUUAUCCGAAUUAGUUGAGCACACAAAAAGUUUGAUCCAACAAAUGAAAAAUGAAAUUGACGAGGAUAUUGCAAUGUCAGCGUCGGAAUUUGGUGACGGUGACAAUGAUGGGUAUUUAAGCGAUGAAAUUUACUCAGACGAAAUGGGUGAAGGUGAAAGUGAGUUCAGUGAUAGUUGGGAAGAUAUAAGUGACGAUGAGUCUAUUAUUAGUGAAGAAGGUGAAUACAGUGAACAUUACGAUGAUGAACGCAAUGCCGAUUUUCAACGCAGUAGCCAAAGUGUAGAGAGUGAAUUCUUUGUCGAAGCCCGGGAAAAUUUACACAGUGAAAAUGAAUUGGUUUAUGAUGAAAAUGAAGAGAAUGGUGCACUUUUGGAUGAUGUUGUAGAUGAAAAUCGCGAAGUUGAUUCACGAGAAAAUGGUCACAGUGAAAGUGUUGAAGAUUAUGAAGAAAUAGACGAUGGAAAUACUCAAAAUGAAAGAAAUGUUCAAAGUGAUGAAAAUGAUCGAAAUCAAGAUCAUUUUCAAAUUAACGAAAAUGCCCAAAACGAAGAACAUUUCCGAAAUGAGGAAAAUGUCCAAAGUGAAGAGAAUAUUUUACAACCAAGCGAUGCAAGUGAUCAAACCUCAAUCGAUACGAAUAACAAUGUUCAAAGGGAAGAAAACAAUUCUGCUAGUCAAAAUACAGUUUCAGUAGUAUUGACCCCAGAACCAAACGCUAAUGCCAUAGUUCCUCCUGUCGAUGGUAAUUUGUUGGAGCACAUGUUGGAAAUUCAACAAUCGCUUCAAACAUCAUCGAUUGUUUCCGUGAACUUCCGCGAAACUACAUUGAGAGAAAAAUCACAAUCGGUUGAGCCGCAACUUGCUAAUUCACAAAUCAGUUCAGCCAUUCAAUCACCAGAUCAGCCAGAGAUUAUUUCUGAGGAAAGAAGGGAUGUUGAACAUUCAAAUAGUUCUGAACAAACAGAAAAGAGAGAAGAGAAUUUAGAAAAAGAAAAAAGUACUGAGUCAACGAUUGAACCAAUGACAGUAACUACAGUUGAACCAACGGUAGUAGAAGUAACUGCUGAGCAAAUAACCGAACCUAUAAUCGAAGCGAUACUCGAACCAAGCACCACAAACAACGACCAAAUCGAAGAAAAUGAAACAAAUGUUGUGAACCAAAGUGAAAGUGAGAUAGUGCCUCAACCAAUUAGACCAAGUGGUAAUAGUCAGCCAGAAAAUAUUUUACAACCAACUGAAGAGUUAAGCUUUGAUGCUACAAACUCAGAUGCAAUUGAAGAAGAAGAAGAAGCUCACGGUGAACCAGAGCAAAGCACAUUAAACGCAGGUGUUAACGAACACGAAGCAAGUGAAAGUGAAUCAACAAAAGACGAUGAAUCACAGUCACAAUCGGUGUCAGUGUCUGAUAAUCAAGUGUCUCACUCCAACGAUACCGAAUCAGAAAUGGACGAAAUUAGUGUUGAUGUGUCUGCAUCAGACAGUUCAGCAAGCAAAGAUGUAAGUAUUCGUUCAUCAGUGUCAACUGUUUCGGUGGCUAGCGAAAAAUUAGUCGAAUCGUAUCAAUAUAAAAAGAUAACCGUUCCCGUUGUAACACAGUGCAGUUCAAGCAGUAUAAAUGUAAUGCAAUUGAAGAAAAACACAUCCGAAAAAUCGACAGUGAAAAAUAAAAUCCCAGUGCGACGUCCAUCACUGGGCGAACCAUCAGCCAGCAUUCGAAAUAUUCAAAAUGAAUUAUUCAAUAAACAGUUGAAACAACCGCCCAAAUUUGUUAGUAAAAAACCAUCGAAAAUUGUACCACCGAAAGUGUUCUUCAAAUCAAGUCCAGAAGCAAGUAAAAGCACGGCUGUACCUAAAAAAGUCAAACAAGAACAGCCAAAACCAUCAACAUCCAGCGGAAAGCAAUCCAUUCCGAAAAAGAAAUACUAUGAAACGUGCUUCAGUGACGACAACUAUCUAACAGAUACAGACGAUGAAAAACCAAUCACCAGCAUGAAAGUCAUUCCAAAUUUAGUGAAAAUUGUCGAAUCGAAUAUCGAAGAAGAUUCAGAGAUAGUGGCACAGAAGUUGUUACAUGAAGGCAAAGUAUUUUCGUAUGUUGAAGGUCUACUCGCCGCUGAAUUGAUUCAGCAGAAAUUCAAAGAAGACAUUGCAGUUUGGGCUGCUACAGAAGCUAGCGAUUAUGAGCAAGCCAUGCGUCUAUUGCAACAGGAUUGUGAACUGUGCACGGAAAUUUAUCCACUGAAUAAAAUGGUUUCCAUGUUGAAAUGCACGCACAGUUGCUGUGAGGAAUGCGCGAAAAAUUAUUUUACAAUUCAGAUUACCGAUCGAAGUAUUACCGACUGUUCAUGUCCAUUUUGUAAAUUACCUGAUCUCAAUGCGUCUGAGGUGACCGAAGACGAUGCCUUGGAGUAUUUCUCCAAUUUGGACAUUUUAUUGAAAAAUAUUCUUCAAACCGAUGUGCAUGAACUAUUUCAAAGAAAAUUGCGAGACAGAACGCUGAUGCAAGAUCCCAAUUUCAAGUGGUGUGUCGAGUGUUCAUCUGGCUUCUUUGCCCGUCCGCGCCAAAAGCGACUCAUCUGUCCAGAUUGUGGCAGUGUAACGUGUGCUCAAUGCAGAAAGACGUGGGAAGUACAACACGAAGGAAUCACUUGUGACCAAUUUUCUGAGUGGAAAGAUUUGAACGAUCCAGACAAGCAAUUGGAGGGUGUCUCAAAACACUUACAAUUGCACGGAAUUUCCUGUCCAAAGUGUAAAUUCAAGUAUUCACUCGCAAGGGGUGGAUGCAUGCAUUUUACCUGUACGCAGUGCAAAUAUGAAUUUUGUUAUGGCUGCAAUAAACCAUUCAAAAUGGGAGCCAAGUGUGGCCUAUCGGAUUAUUGUGCCAAACUUGGUUUACACUCACAUCAUCCCAGAAAUUGUCUAUUUUAUCUACGUGAUAAAGAGCCAAGGGAUCUGCAAACAUUGCUAAAGAUGCACAAUAUCCCAUUUACAACCGAGCCUGGAGAAGUCAUUCCAGGAACAAACACAAAUGAAGUGAAUAGUGUUCGAAGGCUAUGCCCGAUUCCAAUUCAAAAAGAAACACCAAGUGGUCUGGUGGACACCGUUUGUAAUGGUGAUCUUGAAGAGAAUAGCGCCGGUUUGUGCAGAAAUCAUUAUGUUGAAUAUUUGUGUAUUUUAAUUCGCGAGCAUAUGUUAGAAUCGAUAUCAAUCAUGUCGACUGACGAUUUAGAAACGCUUGUAAGACGGGCAAAUAGACGUCUUCCACCGCGACCAUACGUUUUCCGUCAAGAUCCCAGAAUUUGCAACUCAAUUUAUCAUAACGAAUUGUUUAAG